AUGUCUUUCCUCAGAUCUGUGAAGGGUGCUGUUGCGAUCGUGACCGGCGGUGCAUCGGGUCUUGGCCAAGGUACGGUUGAGCAUCUACUGAAGCAUGGUGCGAAAGUGGCCAUUCUUGAUUUACCGACCUCGAAGGGUGCCGAAUUAGCCGAUAGAUUGGGUGACGAUUGCCUGUUUACACCUGCCAAUGUGACAUCAGUGAAAGAUGUGAAAUCAGCGAUGGGCAAUGUGAAAACGAAGUUUGGACGGUUGGAUGUGGCUGUGAAUUGUGCAGGCAUAUCGUUUGCGUUCAAGUUGUACAAUAUGAAGAAGAGAGUGAUGUGCGAUCUGGAGCAAGUUCGACGCACACUUGAUGUGAACGUAAUGGGAGCAUUCAACGUUGUUGCACAUGCGGUUGAGCUGUUCGCCGAGAACGAAAAAGACGAUAUGGGUCAGCGAGGUGUUAUCAUUAGUACAGCGUCAAUCGCUGCAUUCGAUGGUCAGUCUGGACAGUCGGCAUAUGCGGCAUCAAAGGGUGCUAUAGCCAGUAUGACAUUACCGCUAGCGCGUGACUUCGCAAACGACGGUAUUCGUUUGGUUACAAUUGCGCCCGGUAUCUUUGAGACACCAAUGAUGGCUUCAUUCCCGAAGAAAGUGAAUGAUUUUCUGAACGAAUUGGUGCCUAACCCCAAGCGAAUGGGUAAGCCGGAGGAAUACGGAGCGCUAGUACGUCAUAUAAUCGAGAAUCGUUAUUUGAAUGGUGAAGUGAUUCGCUUAGAUGGUGCUCUUCGUAUGCCUGCCUAA